GUUGGAUUGGAAAGACGUGUCUGACGUUUGACGUUGAACAUUUUUUUAAUUCAUUAUUUUGUACUACUUAACACGUUUACCUUUUAAUAUCCAGUGAUAAAUGUAUCAGUUGAAUGGGUGAUAGAUAACUAGUGUGUGGUUGGGUUGGAUCCAGACAAGAGAGAGAGAACAUCAACAUCAUGUCCAAGUCAAGUUGUCCAGGAGGUGGCCUCUACGUGGUCGAGGGCGAGGUCUCUCUCCUGAUGACCGCGAUGCGACGUGGUGUCAGAUGGUCAUCCCAUUCACAUCAGCUAUGGGACAUAAUUUUCCAGGAUGAAGACCAAGAUAUCCUGAUGAAAGGAUUAUCAACCUUGAAAGAAGCAUUAAGCGACUCAAAAAAUCUUUCCCAACUAGAACCCGGAGUGUUCCUAACUCCGUUCCUCGAAAUAAUACGUUCCGAGGAAACUACUGGUCCAGUAACUAGUCUAGCAUUAGCUGCCAUUAAUAAAAUGAUUUCCUACGGAUUGAUAGAUCAUGAACAUCCAGCAAUAAGUUCAUGUGUCGAAGCAGUAUCUGACGCAGUAACUCACGCGCGAUUUGUAGGCACCGAUGCCUCUGGAGAUGGCGUCGUUUUGAUGCGAAUCCUCCAAGUCCUCCGCGCUUUAGUCCUCUCCCCCAUCGGCGACCAUCUCUCUGACGAGAGUAUUUGCGAAAUAAUGCUGAGCUGCUUCCGUAUUUGUUUCGAAACCCGGCUCAGUGAACUAUUGCGUCGUACAGCAGAACACUGUUUACGUGACAUGGUCCACCAUCUUUUUGUUCGCUUGCCCCAGUUCGCGGACGACACUCGGGUCUUGCCUAAUAUGAAAAAAAUGCGCGCAAACGGCAUCGAGAACACGCGACCCAAACGUAAAGUCAGUAAGAAUCUUAAGCAGAAAGCUAAGCCCGCCAAUGAUGAUUUGGAAGAUGAUGCCAAGGAUUUGCUGAGUCCGGUUGAACGGGUACGUGGGAAUCAUUUAGCAACGACUCCAAUCACUCCCGCGGGUAAUAUUGUCGAUAUGCAGGGCUCUCUUGAUCACGGAACUCCUGAUAAAAUCGAUGAUGAUAAAGCUAAAGAACUUAAUCCUGAUAAUAAAAUGGUCGAAAAGAACUCAGAUGUUAAGAAUGGUGAGGAAAAUGGUGAUAAAGUUGAAGAAAAUGUUAAAUCUGAUGGAGAAGUUAAUAAAUCCGAUGAGGAAAUUGGUAGUCCUGAUGGGGAAGCAGCCAAAACUGAUGGGGAAGCUGCUAAAGCUGAUGGGGAACUUGAUGCAAGUGAUGAAAGUGUUAAGAAGGACAAAGAAUCUGUUGAAAUAAAUGAAGAUAAUCUUAAAGAAAGUUCUGAGAAAGAAACUAUUAAAGAUAAAGAACCAGCUGAGGAUAAAAUUAGUGUUUCAUUAUCAAAGGACACUAUUGCAGAAAGCCCAGACUUGAUCCAAUCGCCAUUGGGUAGCGUCGAAGACCUGUCAGUUGAUGAUAAGUUGCCGAAAAUAGUAAUCGAUGAGCAUAUGCAGGAGUACGUUAACCAACAGGGAGUCCGUUUCACCCCACUGCAACAGUUGACACCCUAUGGCGCCCUAUGCAUUCGCGAGCUAUUCCGUUUUCUUGUAACACUGUGCAAUCCCUCAGACAAACAGAACACCGAGAUGAUGACCCACGUGGGUCUGAGUCUUCUGCAAGUCGCGUUAGAGAUAUCGGCAGACGCGUUGGCUAAUUUUCCCUCGCUAUUGGCGGUAGUGAAAGACGAAUUGUCCCGCAAUUUGAUUGUUCUGCUGAGCACUGAACGCUUGUCAAUACUAGCGGCUGAUCUCCAGGUCGCUUUUCUGCUCUUCGAAUCACAGAGAGAGCAUUUGAAGUUUCAGUUGGAACAUUACUUGCUGAAGCUCAUGGAAAUAAUCGAUUCGGAAUCUAGUAGGAUUACGUACGAGCAGCGAGAGUUGGCUUUAGAAGCCAUCACACGAUUGUGGAGAAUUCCUGGUUUGCCUGCUGAAAUGUACAUCAAUUAUGACUGCGGUCUUUAUUCGUCAAAUUUGUAUGAAGAGUUGAUGAAACUCUUGUCUAAAAACGCGUCCGCGUUGAUGGGCAGCAUGCACAGUAUCCAGUUUGUUGCGCUAGAUGCCAUAAUAAUGUUAGUUGCUGGUAUUGAAGCUCGUUGCAAAGGUUACAAAGAUCUUUAUAAGCCUGCGAGACACGAUCCUUCCCCUUCUUUACCGACAAUCGAUGAUCUGAAAGUGGCCAAGACAAACAAGCGCUGGCUGGCACACGGCACAGAGAAGUUUAACGAACAUCCGCGAACAGGAAUUGCUAAACUUGCGGAGCAUGGCCUUCUGGGACCCGGUGACCCAGAUCCCGAACGGAUCGCCAAGUUGCUGCGUGAGAAUCCUAUGCUGGAUAAACUAGCGAUUGCUGAGUACAUAAGUCGUAAAGAGAAUACAAAUAUUCUUAAUGCAUUUGUCAAGAGCUUAGAUUUGGGCAACAUGCGAGUUGAUCAGGCGCUAAGAUUUUACUUGGAGUCAUUCAGAUUACCUGGAGAGGCGCCACUAAUCAGCCAUUUGUUGGAGAAAUUUGCGGAACACUGGCAUGACAGCAAUGGUCGACCAUUUGCAUCAGCUGACGCUGCAUUCACGUUGGCUUAUGCUGUGAUUAUGUUGAAUGUCGAUCAGCACAAUCGCGUGGCGACGCGUCAAAAUAAUCCAAUGACUGCUGAGCAAUUCAAGAAAAACGUCAAAAAUUGCAAUGGUGGCGCGGACUUUGAUCAGGAUAUGCUGGAUGAGAUAUACAAUUCGAUAAAGGGUCAGGAGAUUGUUAUGCCAGCGGAACAAACGGGAUUGGUUAAGGAAAACUAUCUGUGGAAAGUUUUGCUAAGAAGGGGCGAGAGUCCUGAGAGCUUUUAUAUGAAAGUAGGGAAUGGAGGCGUAUUUAUUGACAAAGAACUGGCUGAGAGAGCGUGGGCGCCAAUAAUCAGCGCGCUCUGUCGUGCGUACGAUAAAGCACCGGAUCGUGCGUUACAGCGUCGAGUCGCGCAGACAUUUUUGUGGUGCGCAGCAAUCAGCGCGCACUAUGGUAUGACCAGUGAUUUGGAUACAUUGAUCGUUUCUUUGUGUAAGUUCACUGGCUUAGCAACAGGUGGUGAACCUGAACAAGUUAUUCUGCACUUUGGUGGCAGUGGAAGAUGUCAACUAGCCGCUAGAACUCUGUUCAAAAUAACUCACUUACAUGGCGAUGGUCUCCGCGCUUCGUGGAAGAACAUAAUUGAUUGUAUGCAGACUUUGUACAAGGCCAGGCUGUUGCCAAAGAGCAUGACAGACGGAGAAGACUUCUUAGAUCCCACGGGCAAAGUUUCAUUGCUUCGAGAACCUGCCACCCCGAAACCGCAGCCAGCUGGCCAAGGAAUUUUGUCCAGUUUGUACUCUUACAUUGCGCUAGACACUCGGGUACCUCAUCCAGCUGAAGCUACCGCUAAAAAACGAGCAUCGGAUUGUAUAGCCAACUGCUACCUCAAACAAAUACUUGAAGAGUCCAAGUUCUUGCAAGAAAGUUCGCUUAGACCUCUAGUAGGAGCUCUAGUUUCAGUGAAUUCGCAUGACGAAGACAUUGCCGUGUUUUUGUUAGAACUAUUACUGGAAGUAACGAUACAGAAUCGUGAUAGGGUCAUGUGUAUUUGGCCGAUUGUGUUGGCACACAUGGACGGUCUUCUGACUACGGCAGCUCGCGAAAACCACCCGUAUCUUUUAGAACGGGUAGCAGUAGGGAUGCUUCGCUUGGCAAUACGCCUAUUGCGAGGUGAAGAAUUCGCGUAUACGGUCUUACCACCUCUGAUGCCAUUGACUCACUUGGCAUCAGCCACGACGGCUCCUCUCGCCCGGCAAAUAGCUUACGGGCUCUUCGAAUUGCUCAAAACCGGUGCGGCUAAUAUUCACACCAGUGAAGAUUGGAAAGUUGUAUUUAGUUUGCUAGAGUGCUCUGGUGCUGGUGCUCUGUCGCCAAAGCCUACAACGAAUGAAGAAUCUCUACUGCAACGUUCUGUUCUGGAUCAACGACCAGUCAGCCCUGUCCCUGAAUGGGUACUGGUAUCACCAACUGGUACAGAAGCUCCGCUACCCGUUGCCGCAGACUCAAUAGUUCUUGAUCGCGAUUUCUUGCCGCAUGAUCCAGUGGCUCUGAUAAAAUGUUGCGAGAGCCUGACAUUCUUAGUCCGUGACGUCGCUCACGUUACCCCCUUCAAUUUCGAACUUUGCAUCCAGUGCAUCCGGACUUUUGUAGAGGCCGUUUUACAGGUUCCAACAAAACGCGUUAAACUGAACCCAGCAGCUUUGGAGAACGAAGCGUAUCAUGCUGCGCCAAUUCAACUGCUAGAGUUGAUGCACACGUUGCAUGCGCGAACUGCCCAAGUGUUCCGAUGGUGGGCAGAAGAAAGUGGAACCACUGAAGCAGUCAGUUUAUGGCCAGCAGCAUGGCGCCCAUUACUGCAAGGAAUCGCCCGACUUUGCUGCGACUCUCGAAGAGGGGUUCGAGCUGCGGCAAUCACUUAUCUGCAAAGUACGCUGUUGGCAGCGGAUUUGAACCAAUUAACAGCCGUCGAGUGGUCCCAGUGCUUGGAACAAGUCCUGUUUCCGUUGUUGGCGCAAUUGUUGAACCCGAUUGCUGCUCACGACCCAUCCGGGAUUGAAGAGACGCGGGUUAGAGCCGCCAUGUUACUGUCUAAAGUCUUCCUACAUCAUUUAACGCCUUUGUUAACUCUACCUGGGUUCUUACCGCUCUGGCUGACGGUCCUGGACCUGCUUAGAUCCUACAUGCACGUUGAUCACAGUGAGCUGCUUUUCGAAGCUAUUCCAGAGUCUUUGAAGAAUAUGCUGCUAGUUAUGUCGUCAACGGGAGUCCUGACACCGACUUCCAACCUCUGGGAGCCUACUUGGAGAACCAUAAAUGGAUUCCUGCCGAAUUUGAAGAGCGAACUAUUCCCAGACCCUCCAAUUCCUGCUCCCGCAGAAGAACUAUCUAGCACAGAAGUUAUCAGUCUCGUAGAACAAGAGCAACCAAGUUUUCCAAUUGAGGGAUCAAUUGCCGUGCAACCAGACAAUCAACCAGAAAGUCUUUCCCAACCGGCCAAUAACAUUCCUGUAGGAAUACCUCUGGUGGUACCCACACUAGCGGAAACGGAUAACGUAUGCCAGUCACCGAACAGAACCUCUGUACUGUUGGCAACCGAUUACUAUCGAGUCGCUGGCCAAGAUUUCGGCCUUCCAACUCUGGGAGUAGAGGCUAAGGAACAGCAGCAGGUUAUCAAUUUGCUGAAUCAACCCCCGCCGAGUGUCGCAAGUCCAGUCGCGAUCCAACCUACGUCCCAGUCCUUCGACUUUUACCAGCCGAGGGUAAUUGACGAUAAAGCAGAGACCAAGGGGUUGGAAGAACAAGCGGAAGAAGGGAGGGUCGAACAGCAGGAUGUGGCAGGUCUUGAAGGUUCUUUCAGUCCAACACAUCAACUUACGGGCCACAAAUCGUCACCGUUGGUAACAACAACGAUGUUCAACUCCGCAGCAUACUUCAGUGAAGAUCCUGCCGCAGAUCGGUUGUUUGUCGUCACUAAUCCUUGACGACUGUACAUUUCCCAUAUUUAUAUUAAGAUAAUGAUAGUAAUAAUAUUGUAUUAUAUUAAAUUGUUUUAUUAUCGUUGUUUUUAUUAUUACUAUUUAUUAUUAUUGAAUAUUUCCUACACGCCCGUUACCUUCAUAUUGAAUUCUUAUAAAUAAAUCAAAGGUGUGUUUUUAAAAAAAUUGUAAUAAAUAAUUAAAUUAGAUUUAACAAUUUUUUGGCUUGUAUAUUCAGCGUAUACAUAAAUAUAUGUUAUUAUUAUUAUAUUAUAAAUAUUACAAUAA